GCAACAUGUUGUUCCGAGUAGUUAAAGGAAUCAGUUUGUCCACUUCCUCUUAUGCUUGUAGAGUCAUCGUCGUUGUAAGUUGAGAAAUUGCUGAAGCUCUGCAAAGAAAGGUGCCGUUACACAGCAGUCAAUCACUCCUGCAGCGCGAUUACAAGGACUUAACUGUAAAAGAAUGGAGACGACAGGGAACCAGACCAUAUCCCUCACGAUGAACCCUCUGGACGAGUCCAUGCGGAGGAUGCAGGGAUACGAAGUUACACGACAACCGCAGGGUCAAUCUUUGCCAAACUACCAAGAAGGCAUAUUUACGUAUAAGGGAAACCGGCAAACUCCGUGGAAGAGCGAGCAAACCCACUCCUACAGCCACCCAAAGGAGUAUGUUGGACGCAUUCUGAACGGGUCCCUGGUGCACACUGGCGGCAAUACGGAGAUGGCAAUGACGACGCACCACACGCUCGAGCGGCCACAAAUGCCGCCUGGAACCAUCCGCAAAUCCUUUUUCACGCAGCCUCAGUACGUGCCCACGGAGGACCCCGCGCUUGACGAGCUCCACGCCGUGGCGCACACCAUCGCCCCCCGCCUCUCCGAGCUGCUCUCCGCCUGCCGCGCCUACCACCUGCACUCCCCCGACGGCUGGAUCACCACGGGCGGCUUCAUGAGCGCGGCACGCAACGCGGGGUUGGAGCUCAGCCGGGCGGAGUUCCUAGCCCUGGAGCGGGCGAUGAGCAAGGACGCCAUGGGUCGCAUCAAUUACCUUCAGCUGGAGCUGCUGGUGAUCAGCAUCGCGGCGGCGGACGGGGGCGACGCGGGGGGCGACGGCAACCAGUGAUGACUGAUGAGAUACGGGAGGAUGGCUGGAUGGGGG